AUGUCGUCCACCUCUUCUCCGAGCCGACAGACCAACCCUCGAGUCCUACCUGCCGUCCUCGCUGAUUUCUACGCGCUCAAGCUACGUUAUCCGCAUCUCACUGAGGCUGACCUUGUUGACUUCGUCAAUACCAACUUCAGAGGUGAGGGUGAGGAGCCAGAGGGUCUCAAGCUUCACGGACUCUAUCCGCAUCCCAUGUUAUACGAUUACGUGACCGCUACAAACGACACGCCCAUCCUUGAGCGCGCGUUGUCGCUUGCUAAGGUCGAGCUUGCGUGGUGGCAGACACACAGAAGUGUCCAAGUAACAAGCCCCUUCACCAACAAGACUUACAGCGUGGCGCGGUUUGCAGUUCACAAUACCGCUCCCCGACCGGAAUUGUACCUUACUGCCUAUCAAACCCUUCACGAUCCGGCACUUCCAAUACUUCCCACCACAGAACAAGCAGCUGAGAUGUAUAGCGAACUCGCAAGUGGUGCGGAGACCGGGUGGGACUACAGCGGGCGGUUCGAGGCGAUACCUGCGUGCAGGAGCGUAGGUUUUGCGCUCGCUAAACAGUCUCUGAUGUCCAGCGCUUCGCUUCAGACAAAGCACAUCUCCUGUUGGCUGAUUUGUAUGAUCCUACCAAUGUGUCUGCGAUAUCUUCGUACCAGAGCGCCGCCGCCUCGCUUCGGGAAGCCAUCCUCGAUUUCCACUGGGUCGGAUGCUGACGAGCUCGCGUCCUACGACUUCAAUCUCAUGUCCAAUUCACGCAACUCUGUCUUCACGAUGGCGACGUUCUAUCCGAUCUGGUGUGGGAUCGUCCCGAAUGAAGUGCUGGAAAGCGGAGAAAAGGCGUUCGGGCACUUCGCGGCGCUCAAUAUGGUCAUGGAAAGGUAUAACGGGACCAUGCCAACUACAUUUCUGGACUGGACGGCGCACCAAUGGGACGCACCUGAUGCCUGGCCACCACACCGGUACAUCAUCCUCCAAGCUCCUCGCGCCCUUCCAUCCAACAUCACAUCUUCGCCUGCGCCUUCACCGCCCCCUAGCCCAUCAUCAUGUGCGCUUGCCCCCGCGAGCCAACUCAACAUGCCCGAAGCUGAUCUUCUGUCUCAGCCUAUCCUCGGCACUUCGUGCAACGCGAGCGCCACAGGGCCAGAUGUGGAUAUCAGCGCAAUGGACGGGACAAUCAUCAACGUUGGGAGGGCAAGAGGGGGAGAAGGGUGGGCCGACAGGCUGCAGAGGGAGCUGACCAAUCGGUACUAUACGAAUUUGUUUCCGUCGCAGGCACGCACUGGAAGAAUGUUACACAGCGGUCUGUUGGACCGUCUCCCUGACGAACAGCUGGCACUCACCAACAGCGUCAAUAACACUGGAAACGUCUUCAUCCUCGAAGUUGAUCUAUCCGGGUACGGUGGCGAAUACACCGUCCAAGCCGGGUUUGGAUGGACGAACAGUGUUUUGCUCUGCGUCGCAGCGACGUACGGGGACGUGCUUGCUGCUCCGGAAUGUCCGCUCAUCUCCACUCUAGAUUCACCUUUGGUAGUCUCCGCGGAAGCAGAUGCAGUAGUAGGCGACAAAGACUGGCAGGCAAUGGCUGGGAUGGUCUUAGUGCUUCUACUUGGGAUUGCCGGUCAGGCGUUGUUCUUCUAA